AUGGCUGUACAAUGGAAAAUCUUAGAUUUGCGUGUUCUUGGUGAUUCCCAGUUAGUGAUCAAAAAGGUUAAUGAUGAUUAUAAGACAAAUGAUGAAAAGCUUAUGCCAUACAAGAGAAUGGUGGAUGAUUUCAAGGCUUACUUUACCACAAUCACAUUUGAGAAAAUUCCUCGAGACAACAAUAGAGCAGCUGAUGCAAUGGCUACAAUCGCCUCCCUUGUAAUAAUGCCAAGUAAUGCCGAAUACUGUGAGUUCUUGGUUGAACCGCUCUUGGAGCCUGUCUACAAUGUACCACAAACUCAAAUGAUAUGCCUCAUUGUUGGUCCUAAUUCCCAGUGGUAUGGAGAUAUUUAUGCCUACUUACAUGAUAAUACCUUACCUCUUGAUCUAUCCAACAAAGCUUGA